AUGACCUGCAUCGUCACCAUGGUUACGCAGUAUGAGGUCAAGCAAGGUCAACUGAGCUUUUAAAGUGCCUAUAGAUUAGUGUAGUUACAUGCUAGCCUAUAUGGUGUGUGUAACUGUGAUGGUUACACGCUACAGUGGGUUUGUGUGUGUGUGUGUGUGUGUCUUGGUGUUUCGGGCUAAUCUUUGCUAGUCUGCACGCUGUCACACUGUGAUCCAUUUGUUCCGUAGAUAGCUUUUCUGUUUUGGUCAUGUUAGCGAGUAGCGACUUGAGUAAACUCAAUACUUCCAUCUCUGGUCUCCAGGGAACCCUGUUCCAAAAGACUUGGCCUUAGAUCUCCUCCGUUGCCCUGGCUAGUUCUCUCCCUCUCCAGCUCUGUUCUGCUCUGGAAGGCCAGUCGGAUGCUGGACAUUUCAAUGCUCACUGUCAACUAAAUGUAGUGAACUUAAUAUAGACAAUUCAUUAAUUUGCCCAAGUUAAUAAUAAGAUAUUAACAAAAUGCAUCAGUGAUUCGUAUUUUUCUGAAACGGCACAGGAAUGCCCCUGUCUGUAUGUGUUGUGUGCGUGCGUUGGGCACGUAUGUCUAGUCUACUCUUUGUGUAGCCAUGAUGAUGCUAAUGAUAACCGUCUGCUGGUAGAUGGAAAGGCUUUCCCUACAACCUCCAAUUCCAUGUUAACUACACAGUAGCCUAUGCCUACCUGGCAGAAUAAUAUCAUGAUUAUUUGAAUCAGUGCAGUGGCCAUUUGUUUAGCUAUUUCUGCAAUCACAUGAGUGCUACAGAAACACCGCUAAUGGUGUACACUUGCAUUAAAGGGUAACUACAACCAAAAGUGGACUCCAGAUGUGAUUUUAGCGUUCUUGUUGACGUAGAACAUCCAAUUUAGUUGUUUUUCUAUUAUAAAAGUGUGAUUUGGAGAGGAACAAAUGGAAACCUGGAAAACCAAAACGGAAUUUGGGCUAAACAUUUAAAUGAAUGUAUAGGGCCCUACAGCAGGACAAAAGCUCUGGGGUGUGAUAGCGCAGUGUCGAUCCUGGCCAGAGAUGGGGGGGGGGGGUAGUGGGGGAGAGGAGGGAUUUAUUGGGGGGGGAGUGCAGGGACGCAGAGGAUCACUCCCCCACUCACCCCUCCCCAAUCCAUUGUUCACACAGCACCCCUCUAGUAGUGGGACAAUGGAGUCCGAGACAGAAGGGGAGAGUGCCUAGCCUUUGUGCUGCUUUACGCACACUAGCAUAGGCUUCCCCCAGUCCCCUCAGCAACUGUGUGGACCACAAGACACGCACACACACAUACACAGUCAGAGGAUAGCAUGUUCUGUUGGAAUGUCGGCGCGCACACUUUCAACUGUGCUGCUGUGCAACUAAAUCGUGGCCUCUUUCUGUACCUCUAUCCCUCUCUUGCUUGUAUACACACAUGCACAAGUAUGUACAGUAGGCCUACACAGGCACAUACAUGCACGCACAGGCCCGGUGUGUUCUGGGGGUCAUGGAGAUAUUUCUGGAGAGCAGAGAAGAGAUGCUAAUUACAGGGCCUCUACGGAGCUUGCUCAGUGUGGAGAACUCACUGCCAGGACCGCUGUCAUUACAGAGAGACGAGGGGAAGGCGGGCUACAGGACGGAGGGGGAGGGAGGGAUGAGGAAGAGAAAUGGAAAGGUUAAAAAAAACAUGACGGACAGAGAAAAGGAGAGACAGAAAAAAGAUAGAAAAAGGGAGAGGACAUGGAUGAGGGCAUUAUUUAUUCUAGACUGAGAAUCAGACAAAGGGGUCUAUAUUUGGAAAAGCCCAAAUGGUGUGUCUGGUCAAAAAUGGACACAAAUGGCCUUGGUUGAGUCCAGCAUGCCAGGAUCUGUCAGUAAUCUGUUUUUCGAGCGUUUUGCUCAUUUUUGGCCAGUGUUUUGGAAAGGGAUUGAUUAUUUUAUGUUUUGGGCGCAGAUUCAUUUAUAUUGCAUGAUGAGGAAUCAGAUAUACCAAAGUAUGACUGCUGGCGAUGCCCAGGAACAACUCUGUGUGUGUCUCUGUCUUCCCCUCCUUUUUCUGUGUGUAUUUGUCCAGGUCAGUCAAAUCAAAUCAAAUGUUAUUUGUCACAUGCUUCGUAGACAACAGAUAUAGACUAACAGUAAAAUGCUUACUUACACUGCCUUGCAAAAGUAUUCAUCCCCCUUGGCGUUUUUCCUAUUUUGUUGCAUUACAACCUGUAAUUUAAAUGGAUUUUUAUUUGGAUUUCAUGUAAUGGACAUACACAAAAUAGUCAAAAUUGGGAAAGUGAAAUUAAAAAAAUAACUUGUUUCAAAAAAGUAUAAAAAAUAAAUAACGGAAAAGUGGUGCAUGCAUAUGUAUUCACCCCCUUUUGCUAUGAAGCCCCUAAAUAAGAUCUGGCGCAACCAAUUACCUUCAGAAGUCACAUAAUUAGUUAAAUUCCACCUGUGUGCAAACUAAGUGUCACAUGAUCUGUCACAUGAUCUCAGUAUAUAUACAUACACCUGUUCUGAAAGGCCCCAGAGUCUGCAACACCACUAAGCAAGGGGCACCACCAAGCAAGCGGCACCAUGAAGACCAAGGAGCUCUCCAAACAGGUCAGGGUCAAAGUUGUGGAGAAGUACAAGAUCAGGGUUAUAAAAAAAUAUCAGAAACUUUGAACAUCCCACGGAGCACCAUUUUUAAAUCCAUUAUUAAAAAAAUGCAAAGAAUAUGUCACUACAACAAACCUGCCAAGAGAGGGCCGCCCACCAAAACUCACGGACCAGGCAAGGAGGGCAUUAAUCAGAGAGGCAACAAAGAGACCAAAGAUAACCUGAAGCUGCAAAGCUCCACUGAACUGAGACCAUCUCGAAAGGUGGAGUUCGGGCUUGAAGUUUUUUAGUUACACAAAUGCUUUCAAUGGACCACACAUAAAUUGACAGUUUCUGCAUAACUUCACAUUGGGUGAUUUGAAUAGUUUGCAGAAAACACAGCUAGCGUACAUAUCAUUGAAUUGUGUUUUCCAAAAUGUUUUUAGUUAAGAUUAUUUGUUUACAAUAUGUGAUCUAUAAAUUGAGAGCUUCGUUUGCUGAUUUAUUCAAUUGUGGUGUUUGAAUAGUGUGAGAAAACAACAACGUAGGGUACAUAAUCAAUUCUAUCUCUUAAUGGGGCAGUAGCCUACAUUGGGUGUACAAUUUUCAAUUACAGCAUUAUUUAAUCUGCAGUUAGCUUCUAUCUUUUGAUUACAUGGUCUGUCUUUUAACUAAAUGCAAUCUAUUAGCUUCCAAAAUGUAAGUAGGUAUAGAUGGAAUGCCUUGUCCUGCAUCCUGCACUUUGUAAAAACACAGAGUGCAUUGAGUGAAUGUUGGAAAAAGAUCUUGGUUCCUUUCUAAACAUAGCAAUGUGAAUGCAAAGAGGACUCGGACCUAAAAAAAAAGGUGAUGUGAACUGGCAAAAAAGUUGAGUCCUCAUUCAAAGGCAAGGUGUUACGUUCCCCAGCAAGAAAACCAAAAAUGUCGCACAAACAGAAGGGGGAACUAACAAAGAGUCACUGACCAACAACCAAAACGAAAUAGGCAGGGUUUUAGGAAGGGGUCUGAAAGACACGUGUGUGUGCAACAACAAUUGGAACCUAAAAGACACCUACCUACCUACCCACUACAUUUGCCCACUAACAGGCAAACAAAAUUAAAACCCACAACAAACUUAAAGACAGGAAGUGAACCCAAAAGGUGGCGCAAAACUAAAUCAGGGAAAUCAGUUUAAGGAUUGUUUGUCUAGAAAUAAAAAUAGGGAGAGCCAACUAAAGGUGUUAACCCUCCGCAUCUAUCAAGACAACUGGAGCACUGGCCAGCCACUCUUAAAUAGCACCUGGCCCAGCACAGAUGAAACACCUUCCCACUAAACAAGAUGGCAACCAGCACAGGUGUAACACAUACUGACUAACGAGGUGACACCAAUCGGUGUGCCUUACGAACUAUACGUGCUAAAGUCCAACCUCAAUACAUAAAUGGAAAAACCAAAGCCUGUAACAAAGGGCAGUGUGAAUACAAAGAGAACUGAGUUAUUUAGUUUUUACUUUAAAGAGAACUGAGAUGGGUUAUUUUAAAGAGGACUAUAUGUGAAAACACCCUUACUCUUGAAAGGUGUAAUAGUAGAAUGCACAAGGUGCAAUUUCAAAAUUACGUAGUGAAUCAUCAGUUUUCCUCUUGGCAUGUCAUUGCAUACCUUAGAGAGCUAUUUAUAACUUGUCAGAAAUGUCCAGCUCAACUAGCCCAUGUCGGCUAACGUUUUUUAGCCCAUAGAUUUUGUUGUAAUAUUUGAUUCACUCAAAUAUCACAUGAAUACACAUUAGACAUGGCAGAAUGUAUAGAAUUGCAAGAAAAUUAGCUUCAAAAUGGCAAACAUGUUAUCUGCACCCCAUGACAAAAUGUGUAGAAUUGCAGGAAAUAAGCUUUAAACCUGCUAAAUGUUCUCUCCGCCAACAAGAGGGGUUUGUUCCAUGAACGGUCGAGUUGGUCGAUUUCGAGAUUUUCAUACCGUCAUUCUCUCAUCCCGGGAUUUACGGUAUUACAGGCUUAGUACACAAGGGGGCGUCUGUUACUAGAAUGCUAACAAAAUGUGCAGAAAUAAUAGCGAAUUUCCAUGGAGGCUGCUGGCUAAAUAUGCUAACGAGCGCAAACAAAAAUAAACAAAUUGCAAAGACCGGCAAAUCAGCUCAUGAAGUUAUACAUAGGUAGGAGGUAUCUAAUGUCAUUUUGGAUGUUUACAAGCGGAUGUGAAUGAGAGACGUGCAAAUGAACGAAGGAAGAAUCUGGAGUCGCUAGGGCAGUGGGCCUGCAUGCUCUGCUAGGAGAAGAUGGGGGAGGAGAGCAGACUGGCCAAGAACGAAGAGGAGAAAAAGGUAAGAAAUCAAAAGAUAGCAGUGGCAGCUGUACAGAUAACUCAUCCAAAGGGUUUUGACUUCUCAAACAUGGCAGAAGCUUACACAAUAUGAUGACCCGUCACCUUAUUAAUUCAGUAACUUAGAUAAGUAGGAAGUUAAACUUAGGGGUCGCAUUAAUUUCAGAAUUCGUCAUAUUUUACGCAGGAAAAAAGGAGAACGCAUAAGAUCUCUUGCUGCAUUUUGUAAACGCAGAUCUAAGAUGCUUCUUAUUGUCAUUUCUGCUCGGCAUUAGACUAAAUUGUUGCUUCAGUUGCACUUCUCCACUCAGUUGAAUUCACGAACGGGCAUUCUAUCAGCAGACCGUGCUCUGACUGAUGUGUAGCGACUUUUCCUUCUGUACUUUUCUCGGUGUAGCCAGCCUACUUUUCUCCGGUACAAGAUAUACAAGAUUACAUUUGUGCUAUUUACAAACAGACAUGUGACUGGCUCAACUGUUCUAGGGAACUAUAGUAAGCUUCAUAAUGUAAAUGAAUGAGACAGGUGACAUGAAUAACGUGAUCUGCUUUAUCUCCUAACGUAUUGCACAAGUUGACUGCAGGUAUGUUAAUUAAAAGUAGCUACACAUAUGAACAUGUAUUGGAAAAACUUCAAAUAAAUAGUUUUGACGGUAUUGGAAAAACCAUCCUGUGGCUAUUUACAAAAAACCCGCUAUAUACAGUAUGCCACCCAAGCGUGAGAUGUUUCCCAAAGCUGGAAGAGGGCCUGAGUGAAAAAUGUUGGGAACCCCUGUUCUGUGCCCCAAAUUCAUUUAUGAUUUGUAGCAGGGAUGAAGACUCAACAGGCAAUUUCUUGCUUUUCAAUAAAACCUGUCAUGUUGGUAUAAGAACAUCGUUCUACUUCAUUUUAUUACAACUUUACAGGCGAAUUUAUAUUCUGUUAAGAUGAAUUACAAUAAUCUAAAUGUGAUUUUGAGCACCGUGGGUGGAUGCAUAUGGAUGUUCGGUAAACUUCUCAAAUGUCUGGUAAAUUCAAUUCUUGCCGGUCACAUUGUCCGGGUGCCAUAUUUUCUUAACGGAAACCCUGCUAUAUGGAUAGAGUCAGCGGCCAGUGUGUGUGUCUCUCCCUGAGUGAUUCAUUCACCCAUGAACCCAUAUGACAAUGGUGAAUGAUGACUUUCUCCCAGACCUCUGUGUAGGUCUCUUUUGUCUCGCAGAUUGUUACUGGUCUGACAAUCUUUUCAUUUCUCCUAUUUAAUCAAGUGUGAUUCCUUUUCCCCUUUCCUGUGUCAUUGUAAUAGGUCCUUUUUUGUCUCAUCAGUAUCAUUGAUUGUGAUAGGUCCUUUUUGUUUCUCAUGGCUUUAUAAUGAUUGUCUGUGAUUCGUUCUAUUUGUCUUAUUUCGGUAUCAUUGAAGCUCCCUGCCAUCCAGGACCUCUAUACCAGGCGGUGUCAGAGGAAGGCCCUCAAAAUUGUCAAAGACUCCAGUCACCCUAGUCAUAGACUGUUCUCUCUGCUACCGCACGGCAAGCGGUACCGGAGUGCCAAGUCUAGGUCCAAAAGACUUCUCAACAGCUUCUACCCCCAAGCCAUAAGACUCCUGAACAGCUAAUCAUGGCUACCCGGACUAUUUGCACUGCCCCCCCACCCCAUCCUUUUUACGCUGCUGCUACUCUGUUAAUUAUUUAUGCAUAGUCACUUUAACUCUACCCACAUGUACAUAUUACCUCAACUACCUCAACUAGCCGGUGCCCCCGCACACUGACUAUGCAACGGUACCCCCCUGUAUAUAUAGCCUCCCUACUGUCACUUUAUUCUAUUGUAUAUAUAGCCUCCCUACUGUCACUUUAUUUUUUACUUCUGCUCUUUUUUUCUCAACACUUUUUUGUUGUUGUUUUAUUCUUACUUUUUUGUUUAAAAUAAAUGCACUGUUGGUUAAGGGCUGUAAGUAAGCAUUUCACUGUAAUGUCUGCACCUGUUGUAUUCGGCGCAUGUGACCAAUAAAAUUUGAUUUGAUUUGAUUUGAUGGUUAUUGAUUAUUUUUGUUUCUCAUGGCAAUAUUAUUGAAUGUGAGUGGUUGUCGUUGUCCAAUAUAUCUGGAUUAUUGACUGUGAUUGGUCCUUCUUGUUUCAGACCUGUCUAAGAACCGUCUGUGUGAGCUGCCAGAGGAGCUGUGCCAGUUCAUCUCCUUGGAGACGCUCGUCCUGUACCACAACUGUAUUCGCUCCCUCACCCCCAUUCUCUGUCACCUACAGGCUCUCACCUACCUUAACCUCAGGUAACACACACACACCGGUCGCAUACACACACACAAACACCUUUUCAAGUCGUUACACCCGUUCAGUUGCCUGCUUGUGCGUGUAUGACUUUUCAUCAUUGUUCUGUGUGUGUCCGUCCUUGCAGCCGUAACCUUAUCUCCAACCUGCCCCCCUCGGUGUGUCAGCUCCCCCUCCUGCGAGUCCUGAUCGUCAGCAACAACAAGCUGUCGGCCCUGCCCGCCUCCAUACACACCCUCACACACCUCCGACAGCUGGUACGUAGUAACACAUACCCAUGCCUCAGGUUACCCACUACUCACCACCACACAGGGCUCUCUGAUCUCUCUCUCUCUCUCUCUUUUUCUCUAGGUAUCUCUCACUAUGUCUCAUUCUCCGUUUUGCUAUCUUUGCUCUAGCUAUAUCUCUUGCAGUCUUUAACUCUGGUCAUGUUUACUUUAGGUACUCUAUCUGUUCCUCUCUUCACACUCUCCUGCUCUACAUUUUUUAUUUCUCUGCCCUCUCUGGCUGGCUCUCACAGUCCUGUCUCACUCUUCCUCUCACACCUGCAUUUCUGUCAUACUGUGUCUCCUUUCUGACUUAGCCCUUUUUUCCUCAUUCUCGCUUCUUCACCCCCCCCCCCCCCCCCCCACCCCUCGCUUGUUCUUUGUCUUUGGGGUGUAGGCCUGGGUUGCAGUUACACUUUUUGAUGAUUUGGUUUCCCCUCUCCUGUAGGAUGUGAGUUGUAAUGAUCUGCAGUGUCUGCCGGUGGAGCUGGGUCAGCUGGAGUGCCUGAGAGACCUCAACCUGAGAAGGAAUCGGCUCACCACGCUGCCCGAGGGUAAGACACACACACCUGACCUUUAACCCCUUCAUACACCCUAUACACCCCACCGCCGUGCUUCAGUGUCUCCCUGAAACCCCCCAAAAUAAAGUUCCCUGGCCUAUAUACAGUGAGGGAAAAAAAAGUAUUUGAUACCCUGCUGAUUCUGUACGUUUCACCACUGACAAAGACAUGAUCAGUCUAUAAUUUAAAUGGUAGGUUUAUUUGAACAGUGAGAGACAGAAUAACAACAAAAAAAUCCAGAAAAACGCAUGUCAAAAAUGUUCUAAAUUGAUUUGCAUUUUAAUGAGGGAAAUAAGUAUUUUACCCCUCUGCAAAACAUGACUUAGUACUUGGUGGCAAAACCCUUGUUGGCAAUCACAGAGGUCAGACGUUUCUUGUAGUUGGCCACCAGGUUUGCACACAUCUCAGGAGGGAUUUUGUCCCACUCCUCUUUGCAGAUCUUCUCCAAGUCAUUAAGGUUUUGAGACUGACGUUUGGCAACUCGAACCUUCAGCUCCCUCCACAUAUUUUCUAUGGGAUUAAGGUCUGGAGACUGGCUAGGCCACUCCAGGACCUUAAUGUGCUUCUUCUAGAGCCACUCCUUUGUUGCCUUGGCCGUGUGUUUUGGGUCAUUGUCAUGCUGGAAUACCCAUCCACAACCCAUUUUCAAUGCCCUGGCUGAGGGAAGGAGGUUCUCACCCAAUAUUUGAUGGUACAUGGCCCCGUCCAUCGUCCCUUUGAUGCAGUGAAGUUGUCCUGUCCCCUUAGCAGAAAAACACCCCCAAAGCAUAAUGUUUCCACCUCCAUGUUUGACGGUGGGGAUGGUGUUCUUGGGGUCAUAGGCAGCAUUCCUCCUUCUCCAAACACGGCGAGUUGAGUUGAUGCCAAAGAGCUCUAUUUUGGUCUCAUCUGACCACAACACUUUCACCCAGUUCUCCUCUGAAUCAUUCAGAUGUUCAUUGGCAAACCUCAGACGGGCCUGUAUAUGUGCUUUCUUGAGCAGGGGGACCUUGCGGGCGCUGCAUGAUUUCAGUCCUUCACGUGUAGUGUGUUACCAAUUGUUUUCUUGGUGACUAUGGUCCCAGCUGCCUUGAGAUCAUUGACGAGAUCCUCCCGUGUAGUUCUGGGCUGAUUCCUCACCGUUCUCAUGAUCAUUGCAACUCCACGAGGUGAGAUCUUGCAUGGAGCCCCAGGCCGAGGGAGAUUGACAGUUCUUUUGUGUUUCUUCCAUUUGCGAAUAAUCGCACCAACUGUUGUCACCUUCUCACCAAGCUGCUUGGCGAUGGUCUUGUAGCCCAUUCCAGCCUUGUGUAGGUCUACAAUCUUGUCCCUGACAUCCUUGGAGAGCUCUUUGGUCUUGGCCAUGAUGGAGAGUUUGGAAUCUGAUUGAUUGCUUCUGUGGACAGGUGUCUUUUAUACAGGUAACAAACUGAGAAUAGGAGCACUCCCUUUAAGAGUGUGCGCCUAAUCUCAGCUCGUUACCUUUAUAAAAGACACCUGGGAGCCAGAAAUCUUUGAUUGAGAGGGGGUCAAAUACUUAUUUCCCUCAUUAAAAUGCAAAUCAAUUUGUAACAUUUUUGACAUGCGUUUUUCUGGAUUAUUUUGUUGUUUUUCUGUCUCUCACUGUUCAAAUAAACCUACCAUUAAAAUUAUAGACUGAUCAUUUCUUUGUCAGUGGGCAAAUGUACAAAAUCAGCAGGGGAUCAAAUACUUUUUUCCCUCACUGUACCACUAUCCACCCCCUCCCCACUAAGUCUCUCACUACCAGUCUCUGACCCCUUACAUACAGUAAGCAUACCAUCGUGGCUCCAACUUCAUGACACUAUACUUUACACACUGUAUACACUAACCCUACACAGACCUCAUCCAUGUCCUUGAUAGUUCUCCAAGCUAAAUGGUAGUCUUUCUCUGAAACCUUUAAAGUCCCCUUUGCCUAAAUACAUUUACUGACACGUAUAUUUACUAAUCUUCUUAAAACAAAUCUUAAAAUGUGAACGUCUGACCCUUUUAACUUAUUUUCUCAGAAUUGGGCUACUCGGUACCUAAUGUUGUUGUUGACCCUAGAGUUGGACCCUUGACUUUCCGAGUCUUCUAUAAUGCCUCCGAAAACUCUGUCACCCCUUUUUUCCUAUAAGUCCACCCUUUUACCCCAUAUGUAACUCUGUUGUUGUUUUUAUCGCACUGCUUUGCUUUAUCUUGGCCAGGUCGCAGUUGUAAAUGAGAACUUGUUCUCAACUGGCUUACCUGGUUAAAUAAAGGUUAAAAUAAAAAAUAAAAUUCCUAACCUAGUUGUUGACGCACUACUUCCACCACUGACUCCUCUCUAACGCUUAACCACUCUUUAACUCUGUUGUUAAACACACCAGACAACCCCAGAAGUAUAGGCCUAAGUACCACUACCAGAAGCUUUAGCCCAAACAAACCAUACAGUAAUAUUAAACAACAUAGCACUGAAAUUGCACAGCAAAACAACCUGGCUGCCUGUGACGGUAUGCCCUGUAAGAUACCAGUAUAGCUCUGGCCUCACAGCACCCCCCCAUCCUCCAAUCCUGAGCUCUCCUUAAAACUCCAACCUAUUGACUACAGGCUCUCAAUGCAAGAAAACGUAGGAUACCACCACCACUGUAGCACCUCCUUCAUAUGAGUCAACGCGGUUUGAGAAAUGAUGAUCGAGGCCUUGUUUGAAUUUAAUUAAACAGAAAUUUUUUAAAUUUCAUGCAUUGAUUUGAAUUGAUACUGACAAAAGUGUAUUUUAUUUCCCUUGAUAUGCUAAUUUCUAUGAUUAUUAGAUAUCUGCUCGAUACUAAACUACACCUAACCCCCUCCCCCUUCUCAGAGUUGUCCGAGUUGCCCCUGGUCCGGUUAGAUGUUUCCUGUAACCACAUCUCCCACGUGCCCGUGUGCUACCGCCACCUGCGCCAACUCCAGACCAUUGUAUUGGACAACAACCCCUUGCAGCAGCCUCCUGCCCAGGUCUGCUCCAAGGGGAAGUACCACAUCUUCAAGUUCCUCAACAUCGAGGCCUGCAAGAGGAACCAGGAGGAGCUGGAGAGAGCCCUGAGACCCACCGGGUUCAACAGCUGGUGAGAUGGAGGGAGGGAGGGAGAUAUUUGGGGAGGGAGGGAGGGGGGUAUUUGGGGAGAGAUUAUCUAAAUGGCUUAAUUUCUUAAUCUUAUUAGCAUUAUAAGAUAAGAGAUGAUUAAGGGGGAGGGGAGAGACGAGUGGGAGAGGAUGGGAGGAUACAGUGAGGGGAAAAAGGGAUUUAAUCCCCUGCUGAUUUUGUACGUUUGCCCACUGACAAAGACAUGAUCAGUCUAUAAUUUUAAUGGUAGGUUUAUUUGAACAGUGAGAGACAGAAUAACAACAACAAAAUCCAGAAAAACGCAUGUCAAAAAUGUUAUAAAUUGAUUUGCAUUUUAAUGAGGGAAAUAAGUAUUUGACCCCUCUGCAAAACAUGACUUAGUACUUGGUGGCAAAACCCUUGUUGGCAAUCAGAGGUCAGACGUUUCUUGUAGUUGGCCACCAGGUUUGCACACAUCUCAGGAGGGAUUUUGUUCCACUCCUCUUUGCAGAUCUUCUCCAUGUCAUUACGGUUUCGAGGCUGACGUUUGGCAACUCGAACCUUCAGCUCCCUCCACAUAUUUUCUAUGGGAUUAAGGUCUGGAGACUGGCUAGGCCACUCCAGGACCUUAAUGUGCUUCUUCUUGUGCCACUCCUUUGUUGCCUUGGACGUGUGUUUUGGGUCAUUUUCAUGCUGGAAUACCCAUCCACGGCCCAUUUUCAAUGCCCUGGCUGAGGGAGGAGGUUAUCACCCAAGAUUUGACGGUACAUGGCCCCAUCCAUCGUCCCUUUGAUGCGGUGAAGUUGUCCUGUCCCCUUAGCAGAAAAACACCCCCAAAGCAUAAUGUUUCCACCUCCAUGUUUGAUGGUGGGGAUGGUGUUCUUGGGGUCAUAGGCAGCAUUCCUCCUCCUCCUCCAAACACGGCGAGUUGAGUUGAUGCCAACACUUUCACCCAGUUCUCCUCUGAAUCAUUCAGAUGUUCAUUGGCAAACUUCAGACGGGCCUGUAUAUGUGCUUUCUUGAGCAGGGGGACCUUGCGGGCGCUGCAGGAUUUCAGUACAUCACGGCGUAGUGUGUUACUUGGAGAGCUCUUUGGUCUUGGCCAUGGUGGAGAGUUUGAAAUCUGAUUGAUUGCUUCUGUGGACAGGUGUCUUUUGUACAGGUAACAAGCUGAGAUUAGGAGCACUCCCUUUAAGAGUGUGCUCCUAAUCUCAGCUCGUUACCUGUAUAAAAGACAACUGGGAGCCAGAAAUCUUUCUGAUUGAGAGGGGGUCUCAUACUUAUUUCCCUCAAUAAAAUGCAAAUCAAUUUAUAACAUUUUUGACAUGCGUUUUUCUGGAUAUUUUUGUUGUUAUUCUGUCUCUCACUGUUCAAAUAAACCUACCAUUAAAAUUAUAGACUGAUACUUUCUUUGUCAGUGGGCAAACGUACAAAAUCAGCAGGGGAUCAAAUACUUAGAUUCUCCUGUACUUUUGUAUACUUUUUUACCAAUAGUUCUGAAAGUAGUGCUAACGAGCCAAAAGUGGUCCCCAAAAAUUGCGUGCUACGUCAUAUAUGUGCAGAUAUGUGCACCACGUCAUUGCUUUCACUCUGUUGUGUGUGCAUCUUGCUAGCUGUCACUCAAAUGGUGAGGGGCUGAAUUUCAUUGGCUGGAAUUCAAAUUGCUAGGGGGCUGGCCCAGUUGGGGGGAAAUGUAUUAUUAAGAUAAAGUGAAUGAAUAACAGGUCAGUAAGGGACAAGAGAAAGAAAAACCAGGUGGACUUGGAGUGAGUACUAAAACAUAUACUGGCAUCAACAGCUAGUAAGCCAAUAGAAGAAAAAAGACGGAAAGUAGGGUAAGGGACAAAAAGAGAAACAACUUGAAGAAAUCAAUGUGCUUACUGUUGGGAACUAGGGACUCUAGGAAAAACUUGUCUUGAAGAAGAGUCGGUGUACUAUAGAGUGCAGCAGAGCGCAAAAACCUUGGGUGUUUUCUCAAGUGUGUGUGUGUGUUUAUACUGAUGGGUGUACUGUGAAUAUCUGGUGUGUGUGUGUACUGAUGUGUGUAGUGUUGUGUGUGUGUGUGUACUGAUGUAUGUGUGUGUACUGAUGUACAGUGGGGAGAACAAUUAUUUGAUACACUGCCGAUUUUGCAGGUUUUCCUACUUACAAAGCAUGUAGAGGUCUGUAGUUUUUAUCAUAGGUACACUUCAACUGUGAGAGACGGAAUCUAAAACAAAAAUCCAGAAAAUCACAUUGUAUGAUUUUUAAGUAAUUAAUUUGCAUUUUAUUGCAUGACAUAAGUAUUUGAUCACCUACCAACAAGUAAUAAUUCCAGCUCUCAGACCUGUUAGUUUUUCUUUAGAAAGCCCUCCUGUUCUCCACUCAUUACCUGUAUUAACUGCACCUGUUUGAACUCGUUACCUGUAUAAAAGACACCUGUCCACACACUCAAUCAAACAGACUCCAACCUCUCCACAAUGGCCAAGACCAGAGAGCUGUGUAAGGACAGCAGGGAUAAAAUUGUAGACCUGCACAAGGCUGGGAUGGGCUACAGGACAAUAGGCAAGCAGCUUGGUGAGAAGGCAACAACUGUUGGCGCAAUUAUUAGAAAAUGGAAGAAGUUCAAGAUGACGGUCAAUCACCCUCGGUCUGGUGCUCCAUGCAAGAUCUCACCUCGUGGGGCAUCAAUGAUCAUGAGGAAGGUGAGGGAUCAGCCCAGAACUACACGGCAGGACCUGGUCAAUGACCUGAAGAGAGCUGGGACCGCAGUCUCAAAGAAAACCAUUAGUAACACACUACGCCGUCAUGGAUUAAAAUCCUGCAGCGCACGCAAGGUCCCCCUGCUCAAGCCAGCGCAUGUCCAGGCCCGUCUGAAGUUUGCCAAUGACCAUUUGGAUGAUCCAGAGGAGGAAUGGGAGAAGGUCAUGUGGUCUGAUGAGACAAAAAUAGAGCUUGGCCAACAACCUCCUUCCCUCAGUAAGAGCAUUGAAGAUGGGUCGUGGCUGGGUCUUCCAGCAUGACAACGACCGGAAACACAAAGCCAGGGCAACUAAGGAGUGGCUCCGUAAGAAGCAUCUCAAGGUCCUGGAGUGGCCUAGCCAGUCUCCAGACCUGAACCCAAUAGAAAAUCUUUGGAGGAAGCUGAAAGUCUGUAUUGCCCAGUGACAGCCCCGAAACCUGAAGAAUCUGGAGAAGGUCUGUAUGGAGGAGUGGGCCAAAAUCCCUGCUGCAGUGUGUGCAAACCUGGUCAAGACCUACAGGAAACGUAUGAUCUCUGUAAUUGCAAACAAAGGUUUCUGUACCAAAUAUUAAGUUCUGCUUUUAUGAAGUAUCAAAUACUAAUGUCAUGCAAUAAAAUGCAAAUUAAUUACUUAAAAAUCAUACAAUGUGAUUUUCUGGAUUUCUGUUUUAGAUUCCGUCUCUCACAGUUGAUGUGUACCUAUGAUAAAAAUUACAGACCUCUACAUGCUUUGUAAGUAGGAAAACCUGCAAAAUCGGCAGUGUAUCAAAUACUUGUUCUCCCCACCGUAUGUGUGUGUACUGAUGUAUUUGUGUGUACUGAUGUAUGUAUGUGUGUGUACUGAUGUAUGUGUGUUUGUACUGAUGUGUGUGGGUGUGUGUGUGUACUGGUGUGUGUGUGUGUGUGUACUGGUGUUUGUGUGUACUGGUGUGUGUGUUUGUGUGAGUGUGUGUGUACUGGUGUGUGUGUGUGUGUGUGUACAUUUACAUUUUAGUCAUUUAGCAGACGCUCUUAUCCAGAGCGACUUACAGUUAGUGCAUACAUUAUUUUAUCGAUCCCACAACCCUGGCGUUGCAAACGCCAUGCUCUACCAACUGAGCUACAUCCCUGCCGACCAUUCCCUCCCCUACCCUGGACGACGCUGGGCCAAUUGUGCGCGCCGCCUUAUGUGUCUCCCGGUCGCGGCCGGCUACGACAGAGCCUGGAUUCGAACCAGGAUCUCUAGUGGCACAGCUAGCACUGCGAUGCAGUGCCUUAGACCACUGCGCCACUCGUGUACUGGCGUGUGUGUACGGGCGUGUGUGUGUGUACUGGGGUGUGUGUGUGUACUGUUGUGGGGUGUGUGUGUGUACUGUUGUGGGGUGUGUGUGUGUGUGUGUGUGUACUGGUGCGUGUGUGUGUGUACUGGUGGUUGUGUGUGUGUGUGUACUGGUGUGUGUGUGUGUGUGUGUGUGUGUACUGGUGUGUGGGUGUGUACUGUGUACUGGUGUGUGCAUGUCUGAUAUGUGUGUAUACAGACCAGGUGAAUCCAGGUUAAAGCUAUGAUCCCUUAUUGAUGUUACUACACUUCAAUCAGUGUAGAUGAAGGGGAGGAGACAGGUUAAAGAAGGAUUUUUAAGCCUAAAGACAAUUGAGACAUGGGUGAAUGGGCAAGACAAAAUAUUUAAGUGCCUUUGAAUGGGGUAUGGUAGUAGGUGCCAGCCGCACCGGUUUCAGUGUGUCAAGAACUUCAACGCUGCUGAGUUUUGCAACUGUUUUUAACAGUUUCCCGUGUUUAUCAAAAAUGGUUCACCACCCAAAGGACAUCCAGCCAACUUGACACAGCUGUGGGAAGCAUUGGAGUCAACAUGGACCAGCAUCCCUGUGGAACGCUUCCGACAGCUUGUAGAGUCAAUGCCUCGACCAAUUGAGGCUGUUCUGAGGGGAAAAGAGGGGGGGUGCAACUCAAUAUUAGGAAAGUGUUCAGUGUGUGUCUGUACUUAUGUGUGUGUGUGUCUGAUAUACAGUGUGUGUUCUGAUGCGUGUCCUAUCUUCCGUGUCUCCCUGCAGUCUGUCGGACCAGGAGCUAUUCUCUGGUCUGGACUCUGGCUUCAACAGUGUGGACAGUGGGAGCAAGAGAUGGUCUGGGAAUGAGGUGAGACAACAGGGAUCUGAGAGAGCGAGAGUCUGUGGUGUUAAUACCUUGCAAUUUAUAUUGUGUCUAUUAUUGUGAGGCCAUCAUAAUGGCCCGAACAGUCAUAACAGUUAGAGGUCUACACAGAUGUUUUUAACCUUAGGUCAAAUGUCUCAGACCUACAUGUCUCACUCUCUCCCUCUUCACCUGUUGUGUACUGUGUGUCUCACUCUCUCCCUCCAUAUCUGUGUGUCCAGUCUGCAGAUGACUUCUCAGAGCGGUCCCUACGCAUGGCUGAGCUCACCAGAGACCAGAGGAACCUGGAGGAAGAGGUGGAGGCUGAGGAGGACUCUCCCCUCACCGAGACCCCAAACAGGGGUGAGGAGCGGGCUCCAGCUACUUAAAACCGUCACACGUUAAGACAUCAGUCAGUUACACACCCUGGUCCUGCAGAGCUACAUGGUGAUCAGGCUUUGGUUCCAGCCAAGCUCUAACCCCCUAAAACCAUCAGACAUUAUAGGCUGCUUUCUCAGACACAGAUUAAGCCUACUCCUGGACUAAAAAGCAUGCUCACUGGAGAUUCUCCAUUGAAAUAUGUUUCUGGGAAACAAGCCAUAAAACCAUUAGGGGAAAGAAACAUACUCUGAGGGGAGAAUGAGAAGCUCAUAGGAGUCAAUUAUGGGAUUUAUCUUUCAGACUGGUCUCCUUGUGAUGCCAUAUAUUUCAUAUACUCAAUCCCCUAAUAAAGAUGCACAGUAUUGAUACACUCCCAAAACCAUGAGAUAUUUGAUAUUAUCCCACUCACUGAGGAAAGAAAGGGAGAAAGAAGCUUAUUGUAACAAAACAGGAUUUUAUUUUCAGACAGACAGCACUCUGUUUUCCAAAAUCUUCUUAAUAUCCUCCUCUCCGACCUCUAAUAAAGGCUAUACUGUCUAUAUACCCUCCCAGACAUUCCUUAAUGUUAUUUUACUGUCUAUAAUAUCUUUCAUCCUCCCCCUCCCCCCCCCCCCCUCUCCUGCCUCCCUCCCCCUCUUUUCUUUGUUUUCACAGUGAAUGGGGAGGCAGAGCAGGUGGUUUCCAUAGACUGCAGUGUCACCGAGGAGGAAGAAGAGGAGUGCAGGACGAAUCAUCCCACUCCCCCGCUCACAGCACCCCCACAGGUUAGGAGGACGCCUUUUAUAAAUGCUUUUAAACGCUUUAUUAAAUAUUAUAAACAUGUUAUAAAUGUCUUAAAGCGAGUAGAUGGGUAUCUAACAGCGACAUGGUGUUUUUCUCAGGAGAAGACCAAGAAGUCCUCACCACCUCCCCAAACACAAGACACUUCUAUAAGCAGGUGAGUCACACACACACACACACACACACACACACACACACAACUCAACACUCAUAUUGUCGCGUGACCAUUGAAAAUGCACCCUCAGCCAUGUUCCCACAAGGUUGUGUGAUUGUGGUGUGUUUGUGUGUCAGUGCCAAUGAGUUUCGACUUCUCUGUUCCUGUGACAGUUUCAGUGUGGAUCCAACAGUUUGACUGGCUGGCUUUGUGUACACAGUCUCAUACACAGCAACCACCAGUCAGUCUUUCAGAGUGGAAAGGAUAGAUACUCUGUUUUUCUCUCGCUGCCUUGUUUUGCAAGGUCACCCUCUCAGGGAGUGUUUGAGGAGCUGUGAAAUGUCAACAGACUGCGGUUCCCAUUACUUACACCACUCACUGACUGACUGGCUUAACCAAGGGAACACACACACACACACACACACACAACCAGAGGAAAUCAUUCACUUACUACUGCUAGGCUUAUAAAGAGCAAUCGCAACAAUUCUGCUUACUUACUUUCUCUACAGUUUGUGUUCAUUUUGGUGACUGGGGAUGAGUGAUUUACAUUGUAGUCUUAGGCUGUAUUCAGAGGGGUCCAACUGUUUGCCUAUGGUUGUUGGCUGCAGUGGUUAAAGUGUGGAUUGAAGAGUCACAGGUUGCAGUCCUGUGACUGUGAGAAGCUUCUGCUAGCAGGACAUUGACACUAUUGUCUGACAUAAAGCCACUGCAACCAACAGCCACCAUUUGCCAGUUUUGAACUCAAUAGGAGGCUAUGUUGACGCAUAACAAAAUAUGACAUCAUCAUACAAAGUUUGGUGUUUGCCAUCAGUCCACUCUGUAACACAUAGACCAAUAUUUUUAUCACUCAUCACUCUCCCUUUUUUCCUUUUUCUCUCCCUCGCUCUCCCUCUAUCUCCAUCUCUUGCUCUCGCGCUCUCUCUCCGCCCCCACCCCCUAGGUCCAGUAUCAGUGUGGAGGUAGGGGGCUGUGGAGGUAGGCCCCUGCCCCCCUCCAGUCCCACCCUGGAGGAGAGGAGGAGACCAGGCACCCUGCUCAUCUGGCAAGAGAGAGAGAGGGCCCAGCAGCAGAAGAGAGACCACCGGGCCAGAGACAACGGGUUAGUAGAGGGAGCGACUGAGAGUUUUAUCAUCCUUUGUACAAUGGAAGGUUUGAGGCUGCACACAAACCCAUAUACAGUUGCAGUUAAAUAUAUCGGCACCCUUUAAUGAUUUCCAUAUUUAUUUUCAAAUAAGUUGAAAUUGAGAACUUUUGGUGUUUACACGUGGAUUUGUUUGACUUAGAACUGCACAUGACAAAGAAAAUAUGAAAAUCAAAACUGAAAUUUAGAUUUUCACUUUAAAGUAAAAAAAAUGGCUUGGAUAGAAAUAGAGGGCUUAAAAACAAAGGUGUCAUUGUACGCUGUGACAAUUCAUGUUUUCUUUUAAAUCUGCAAUUCGGAUGCCUGCACAGCCUCAUAGAGGAUCAAGAUAAUUUUUCUAACCUUUCUGGAUUAAAACCGAAUUAGAAGUGCACCAUAUGACGUAUUGGAUCUCUAAAAAAUAUAACUUUUACAUCACUGUGUAGUUUACCAAUAAAAUGGUCCAACGGUGAAGUGGACAUACUCUGUAUUCAUAUCACGAAAGAAAGAACUUAUUUCACUACAAUACAUUUUAAUAGAAUGUUAUUCCAAAUUAGAUAAUAUUUUGCUACCAUGGAAUGGACAACACCUGUCUAUUUGUGGAAAAAUCACCCUGAUUUAACUCUUUAGUCAUAUUCCAGUUGACCUAUUUACUUAUGGCCCUGCCUACACCUAACGACUUGUUUUUAAAAUUAUAUGAGCCAAAAAUAUUCUACUUUAUUUGGAACGGCAAGCCAGACAAAAUUUAAAUGGGCCUAUUUAUAUAAUGAUUCAAUAUUAAAUCAUUGGACCUCUCACUAAAGGCUUCAGUCAUACAAAAACUAUACUUAAAUCUGAACUGGUUCUCUAGCAGAUUAAUAAGAAUGGCUCAACCCAUGUUCAAGAAUGGCCUUUUUCCCUUUAUUCAGAUUACAACCUCUCACUUUCGGUUAUUUUAAAAUUUUAAAUCAUCUCCAAAAUAUUACGAUUUUUAUAACAAGCAAUAGAAAGCGGGUUGUAAUUUCAGUUUAACCGACCAGAAAAAAACAGAACAAAUAUUAUGGUUAAACUCAAAUAUACGAAUUGAUUAUUUUAUUUUUUUUACGCCAUAAUCUUUGUAAAUUAUAUAAUAAAUAGUACUGGUGGAGUUGUGUCACACAUGCAUUUAACAAAAAUAUAUGAACAUGUCUGCUCUAUCCAAAAUACAACCAACUGAUUGCAGCAUUACUGCAAAAAUGGAGGAGCCAAGUUGAAUGGGGAGAAGGUAAGGAACUUUUCGGUCAGCCCUGCAUUAAAGACCAAAAUUGGCUAAAGAAAAUUGGAGUAAAUAAAAAAAGUAUACCAGUUUAAUUUAAGGACCGAAAAAUUGACAGCUGCACCAUAUAGGUUGCACAAUAGAUGGGAGGAGAUUUCGAUGUACUGAUUCCAUGGCACAUGGUUUAUGAACUGAUACACAAAAUGACUUCGGAUUCAAAAUGUAGAGUUUUUCAAUUUAAAUGAUAUACAAAAUUCUUGCAACAAAUAUAAUGUUCUAUAUACAAGGGAUACAACCAUCCCAGCUCUGCAUAUUUUGCUGCGAAGAGACAGAAUCAUUAGAUCACUUGUUUUUGGUACUGCCCAUAUGUAGCUUGUUUCUGGUCUCAAGUUCAGAAAUGGGUGAAAAAAUGCAACAUUUACUUGGAGCUAACUCUGCAAAUAGCACUGCUGGGUGAUUUGAUAAGUCAUAGUCAAUCGAUCAAUAAUAUUAUAAUAAUCUUAGCAAAGGUGUUUACAUUGCAUUCGGAAAGUGUUCAGACCCCUUUACUUUUUCCACAUUUUGUUACGUUACAGCCUAAUUCUAAAAUUGAUUAAAUAGUUUUUUUUUUCUCUCGUUAAUCUACACACUAGCCCAUAAUGACCAAGCAAAAACAGGUUUUUAGACAGUUUUGCAAAUGUAUAUAUAUAAAAACGAUCACAUUCAGACCAUUUACUCAGUACUUUGUUGAAGCACCUUUGCAUGCGAUUACACAGCCCUCGAGUCUUCUUGGGUAUAACGCUAACAAAGCUUUGCAACCUGUAUUGGGGAGUUUCUCCCAUUCUUCUCUGUCAGAUCCUCUCAAGCUCUGUCCAGUUUGAUGGGGAGCGUCGCUGCACGCUAUUUUCAGGUCUCUCUAAAGAUAUGUUAUUUUCAAGUCCGGUCUCUGCUUGCAUCAAAUUGGGUUGGGUGGUCCGUAUGAACCCAUACCUGCGUUACAAGCGCCGGCUCUACCACUUACAGAGAUGUUCGAUUGGGUUCAAGUCCGGGCUCUGGCUGGGCCACUCAAGGAUAGGGCCGUUGUGGUGACCGUAUUACUGCCACACCGGUGGGCACGAGUCAUGAACGCAGUCAAAUUCCAUGUGACCGUUUAGUCACGGUAAUUAGGCUUCUCCAAGCUCUGAUGCUGCUGAUGGUCAUUAGUAGCCUACCAAACUUGCUAACUGCCUGGUACUCAGCACUCUAUUGUCCCUCUAAUCAUUCUGACAUCAAAGCAAAUGUAAUCGAAAAUCAAACACUUCAUGAGAGCCCAUGAGCUCAUGUUGCUCAACAUUUCUAUAGGCAAUGCAAUUGAGUGAUGGCCUACUAUAUUUAUUUCUCAACUUUCCUAAUAUUAAGUACAUUGCUUAUCUUUACAACAGGAGUAUAGCCUACCUGGCUGGCAUGAAGAUGAACCACGGGAAAAGCGUCCUCCGUUCGCUAUUUAAGUGCAUAGAUUACAUGUAUUUUUUCCCUUGCCCCUGAUUCGAGACAGGUGCAUGAUAAUGGGCCAUUCUAAAUCAAAACAAAUUUUACACAUAUGUAUGUAUGUAUGUAUGUGUGUAUGUGUGUGUAUAUGUAUGUAUGUGUGUAUAUAUAUAUGUGUGUGUGUGUGUGUGUGUGUGUGUGUGUGUGUGUAUAUAUGUAAAGACAAGAUUAAAUCAAGAAUAGUGUGAUGGGUGACAGUAUUAGCCUAUCACUUGUGAAUUAUAUAUUAUCACUUGUGAAUGAUGCCCAGCAUAAUGCAAGAAACGCUGCUUUUUUUUAAUGUAGCCUAGCCCAUAGGCCUAUAUGUUUUGAUAAGGUUUGUAUCAUAACUAAAGUGGCCAAAUAACUUAAGCACAUGAAUGAGAAACUUUACAAGGGGUGUAGAGCCUAACUGGCAUACAUAAGCAGCGCAUGAGUUUCCAGUUUGAGGAAGAUACGUUUCACCAUAAAAAUGCACCUUUAUAAUAAAAGCAUUACAUGCAUAAUCGCAUUUGCGGUCACUUUUGAUAAUGUUGUUUUCCCGCUAAUGGAACAUUUUUGCUUAUAGCCUACUGCUGUGUGUGCAUUGCUGCACUUAGAAUGUGAAGAAAUAGCCUAAUAGUUUAUCAACACUUUAAGCUAAACGUUCUGAUCUGUUGCGUCAGCCACAUUGUGUAAAAAAGGUUUUUUGAUAUUAGUGGUUGUAUUAAUUUGGGAUCUAUCGCAUCCCACAACUGUCCCAGACUAUGUUUGGAAUAUUGAUUUCUCGCACAGAAUAGAAUUGGUCAACUUUUGUACUAUGGGGGAUAGUAGAUUGACAUAGGCUAGUGCUUUUGCUAUUCAUUAGGCCUACUCAGCUUGACAAAAAGUAAAUGUGGACAGUUCUUCCAAUAUCUUCAAUAUACACCUCGAAAUUGGAUAAGGACGAGCGCAGUUGCGUCCCCUAAGUGUAUGUCUUCAAUUGUAGCUUAUGAGAAAGACCCGAUCACGUGAUGGAGAGCCAUGUGAGUGAGAGGUGCUUCGGAGCACACAGCACUCAGGGAGACGGGCACAACGCAGCACUCCAGACCAAGGGCACAGCGGCCACUGGCCACAAAAGGCAUGGAUUUUUUAAUGGUGCAUUACGGCCAUAAAAAGGCGAUGCCGCAGUGAAAUUCGAGGCAUUAUCAACUGCUUGUCAAAUUCUGAAUGAGAGACUGAUGAAGUGUGUACAAAGCAAGCAGAGUUCAUGCCUGUCAAGCGACUUUUUUCAAAUCAUCAUUAGUCGCAUCAUGCAGCCUUACAAUGUAUUAGAAAUCAAAACAUGUAGCCCAACGCUUGUAGAAUAACUAAAGUUACAUUAAUAACUCUAAAUUAAGCAUAUAGGAGUACCUAUUUCUUUGUUAACCUCUCAACACAGAAUAGCUGCAUCUGCACACUCCCUCAUAUCGUUUGGAGAAAAAAUCCUUUCUAUUUUAUUCAGCUUUGUUCAAUUGUAUUCUCCAUACUAUAAAAUAAUAUAAAAUAAUGCCACAGAAUUCUAAGCAAAUCUUGUCUGCUAAAUGAACUAGUGUAACCCACAGCCAUUUGGCAUAGCCACAUCAGGACCUAACAUGAGGACAACUCAGAGUAUGCUAUUCUGUUCUUCAUAUCAUGCUUCUUUAGACCUGUCUAAAAUAAAUCAUGGAUUUAUUGUGAAGGUGUAGGCUAUAUUACAUGGAUUUAUUAGACUUUUUAUUUAUUAGACUACAUCUAAAAUGUAGAUGUUCUAAAAGUCUGUAUCAGUGGCUUGACGGCUAUGUGUGGAAGCCAGGACAUGCUAAAUGUGUUUAUGUUAAUUAAUGGUCAAUUACCUUAAGACCGACAGUUAUUUGCUUGCCAAUUUUGUGACCGCCCACCCCUACUCAAGUACAUUCAGAGACUUGUCCCGAAGCCACUCCAGUGUUGUCUUGGCUGUGUGCUUAGGGUCGUUGUCCUCUUGGAAGGUGAACCUUCGCCCCAGUCUGAGGUCCUGAGUGCUCUGGAGCAGGUUUUAAUCAAGAAUCUCUGUACUUUGCUCCGUUGAUCUUUCCCUCCAUCCUGACUGGUCUCUGAAUCCCUGCCGCUAAAAACAUCCCAUAAGCCAUUUUGUCACAACUUCGGAAGUAUGCUUCGGGUCAUUGUCCAUUUGGAAGACCCAUUUGCGACCAAGCUUUAACUUCCUGACUGAUGUCUUGAGAUGUUGCUUCAAUAUAUCCACAUAAUUUUCCUUCUUCAUGAUGCCAUCUAUUUUGUGAAGUGCACCAGUCCCUCCUGCAGCAAAGCACCCCCACAGCAUGAUGCUGCCACCCCCGUGCUUCACGGUUGGGAUGGUGUUCUUCGGCUUGCAAGGAACCCCCUUUUUCCUCCAAACAUAUAACGAUAGACAGUUCUAUUUUUGUUUCAUCAGACCAGAGGACAUUUCUCUGAAAAGUACGAUCUUUGUCCCCAUGUGCAGUUGCAAACCGUAGUCUGUCUUUUUUAUGGCGGUUUUGGAGCAGUGGCUUCUUCCUUGCUUAGCGACCUUUCAGGUUAUGUCGAUAUAGGACUCGUUUUACUGUGGAUAUAGAUACUUUUGUACCUGUUUCCUCCAGCAUCUUCACAAUUUCCUUUGCUGUUGUUCCUGGAUUGAUUUGCACUUUUUGCACCAAAGUACGUUCAACUCUAGGAGACAGAACGUGUCUCCUUCCUGAGCGGUAUGAUGGCUGCGUGGUCCCAUGGUGUUUAUACUUGCGUAGUAUUGUUUGUACAGAUGAACGUGGUACCUUCAGGCGUUUGGAAAUUACUCCCAAGGAUGAACCAGACUUGAGGAGGUAUACAAUUUUGAGGUCUUGGCUGAUUUCUUUUGAUUUUCCCGUGAUGUCAAGCAAAGAGGCACUGAGUUUGAAGGUCGGCCUUGAAAUACAUCCAUAGGUACACCUCCAAUUGACUCAAAUGAUGUAAAUUCAGAAGCUUCUAAAGCCAUGACAUCAUUUUCUGGAAUUUUCCAAGCUGUUUAAAGGCACAGUCAACUUAGUGAAUGUAAACUUCUGACCCACUGGAAUUGUGAUACAGUCAAUUAUAAGUGAAAUCUGUCUGUAAACAAUUUUUGGAAAUAUUACUUGUCAUGCACAAAGUAGAUGUCCCAACCGACUUGCCAAAACUAUAGUUUGUUAACAAGACAUUUGUGGAGUGGUUGAAGAACUAGUUUUAAUGACUCCAACCUAAGUGUAUGUAAACGUCUGACUUCAGCUGUAUAUAUGGGGGAUUGUAAAUUAUGUAGAAAAUUACAUUGAUAGAAGCCACAAUCUAUCUACAAUAUAAAAGCUGAUCUACUCCCUGGCCUGGAAUAAAUUAUUCAAAAUUCAAAUUAAUUUGGUUGGAGGCAAUGAUUCUUGUCACCUGUGGUAAAUUGCAAGUGCCUACAGGGUGAAAAUAGCCAUUCAACCAGUUUUGAAAAUAAAAUUGCAUUCCAUUGUAAAGUGCAAGGGUGCCAAUAUCUUUGACCGCAUCUGUACUUUAAAAAGUUGUGAUGAAAUCGUUUUUUUUAGGUUAUUCUACCAUCUAAUCUAGAUAGAACCAGCUGCUAGUCAAUUUAUGUGGGGGGUGGAGGACUUAUGGUUAUCUGUGUGUGAAUAUUUCACUUAUUCAAAAGGUGAACAAAAUGGCAGUCGUAACACAGAUGAUAGACAUCACAGUGGUCUUUCUAUGGAAACAACCACCUUUCCUUUUUAUAUCUGAUUUUAUAAACAUCAUCUUCCAGUUUACUGAAGACGACGACGGCCAAAACAGGAAGUCAUGUGGCAACGCUCUCACAAACGGGAAGUAGCUCGAGGUAAGAUAUCCUACAUGAAACAAGCUAGUCCAGGGAGUGAGAAAUUGUACUGCCUGAAUUGAUGCAUGUGUGAAAUGUAUUUGUGUUUUCGAAGGCCCUGCUAUAUGUAUUAGGAGCAGAUGAAUGUGGUCCCGUGUAGCUCAGUUGGUAGAGCAUGGCGUUUGCAACGCCAGGGUUGUGGGUUCGAUUCCCACGGGGGGGCCAGUAUGGAAAAAGUAUGAAAAUGUAUGCACUCACUAACUGUAAGUCGCUCUAGAGCGUCUUCUAAAUGACUAAAAUGUAAAAUGUGCACAGCGCUUGACUGUUGUGGUUAGAGUAUUUCCUUUCUGAUUGUGUUAUCUCUGUCUCCCUCUAGUGUUGGCUCACCAGACAACCGCCACUCCCAGAACAGCUUCCGACAACGAUGUGCAGUCAGUCUCUCAGCCACCUUUCCCAAUCUUUAAAACUUUCAUCAGCAAAUACCAGGGGUCCCCAAUUACAUUCAGCCAUGGGCCAAUUUUUUUCUUGAGUGGAUAGUCUGGGGGGCCAGAACAUAGUUAUAAAUAACUUGUAUGCUGCAAAUUGACUGCAAGAAGCCCAAACAGAUACUGUACAGUAUUUGACAAAAACAGAAUCCUUUCAAACCUUGGGAUACAAUCACAUAUGCCUCUCUAAUUAUGCGUGGGAAUAGAUUUCCUAAAUUAAAAUCACUUUGAGCUGAUUUCCUGUUAAUUUUUUUGCUCAGAACUUGCGGGGCCAAAUAAAAUCACCCGCGGGCCGAAUUUGGUCAGCGGGCUACCUAUUAGGGAACCCUGGCAUAUACUCAAUUUAUCUUCUACUAUUCUUUUACUUUAUUACUCCUGGUCCCAGAUCUGUUUUUGCUCUUGCUAACUCCAUUGCUGUCAUUGUCAAGCCAAACAUUGACAAUGAGAGACAGGGAGUUGGCAUCAUAGCAUAAACAGGCUGGCACUCAGGCUAUAUAAUCCACACAUGAAGUAAAUCAUGUAACUGGUCUUUCCCUCUCCAACAGAGUGCAGAUCAGAUGUGCACAUCAAAUCAGGUGUCAUCGUCUCAUACGCCGCCCGUUCAGUGCUCUGUUAGCCGAUCAGGUACACACACACACUGACACAAACACCAACAGUCCACCUUCAAUCUCCAAGUAUUGACAACUCCGAUGUUAGUCAACACAAAAUGUGUUUGUGUGUUUAUCAGACGGUCCGUCGUCUCCCAUGGCAUCGUCCCCUCCAGGCCUGACCCAGAAACCCAACAGUUUCCUAUUCCGCACCUCGUCUCGCUGCAGCGUCAAGAGUCAGGUGUCCAUCUCAGGCUCUACACAGAGUCCGGUGGAGGCAGGCCGUACUGAGUUGCGCUCCGCGUUGCGAGGAGAGGAGAGACUAGAUGUCAUACAGCUACGCAAGGUAAAUGUUGUAUCAUAUCCUUCCCUACAGUUCUCUUUCUCUUUAACGUCUCUCCUAUUCACUUGUACUCUCUCUCUCUUUCUCUCUUCGCGCUCUCUCUCUUUCUCUCUUCGCGCUCUCUCUCUCCCUCCCUCCAUCUCUCUCUAUCAGACUCUAGAGCCGAGGUUGAAGACCACCCUACCAGAGGAUCUAGGGGAGGCAUUGUCCAAUGGCACGGUCCUCUGCCAGCUGGCCAAUCACGUGCGGCCCCGCGCAGUGUCAAUCAUCCACAUCCCCUCCCCAGCAGUGGUGAGCCAAUCAGACAUUUAUUGUAAAAUUCGGUUCAGCUUAGGAUAUAUUUGUCAAUGAGUAGACAGGGACUUUGGAUGAUUUGAGUACCGGUAAAAGAAAAAGUAAAGAAUAUGGUAUUUGUUUUAAUGUUGUGUCUGUGUUAUGUUUAGUAUUUGUGUUGUGACUGUGUAGUCGACUCAGUCUGAUGUUCAGUCUCUCUGCCCCUUUAGCCAAAGCUGAGCACUGCCAAGUGUCGUCUCAAUGUGGAGAACUUCAUCGCUGCCUGUCGCAAGCUGGGGGUCCCUGAGGUAAGAACAACUUUCUCGUAAUUUUUUCACCCAUUCUUUCCUCCUUUUGUCGACUUCUUUGGUUCAUCAGAUCAAAAAAUAUGAUCCCGUCCCCCUGAUCACUUAUGUUCAUAGUAUAUUUUGCAGCUUUGCAAUGAUCCAGUAAUGCUUACAAACUAUUUUUGUUAGCUUCAUGCUGCAAUGUCCUUAUGUGCUUAAAGCUAAUUCUGUUUGCCUUUGCAUCUCUCAUUGUUUUCCGUCAUCUUCCAUUCAUCUCUUUCUCGCCAUUUCUCUGCUUUUUCUUUCACCUUUCCUCUCCUCCAUCUUCUUUCCAACCCAAUCUUCCUUGCUCUCUCCAUCUCCACCUUCCUGCCCUUUUUACUCUUCCCCUCAUCCUUUCUUUCUUCAUCCUCCCCCUCUCCAUCUCUCCCCUCCCUCUCUCUCCCUCAGACGGAGGUGUGUGUGUACUCUGACGUGUUUCUCUGUAAGCUGCCUGCUGUGCUGCGCUGUGUGGCGGCCCUCGUGAAAUAUGAGGCAGAGGGGGAGGCAGAGGGGGGAGACAAAGGGUGAGACUCAUACCCCCCAGACAGUCACCCCCCACCCCCCCCACCUCUCACUGGUCUCGGAGGGCUUCCUGGUCUUCUACUGCCUGGUCAUGGCCCUGAUCUACACACUAUACUACCACCUGGUUGCAUAG